CCACCAUACAUCGCACAUCUCCAGCUCUUCUUUCCCGACGUCAUGUGGAGGGUCCUUCUUGUCGCGCUGCCGUUAGCCUUCAAUUCCUUUCAUGCUGACGCAAGCGAACAGGAGACAGUGAACACCGAAGAACAACGCUAUAAAUAUUUGUUGUAUCAAAUCCAUGGCAUGGUGCAAAGGCUUCUUCAUGAGAAGGAGAAGCACUUCAAUCAAAGCCUCGAGGCGCUGACGCAGCUGGUGGAAACAGCAUGCAGGUCUCAACAGGGCAAGCAAACAACUGGGUCAAUGAACUUGGUAAAUACUGAACGUGCAAUAGAGGAGAUGGCGAACGUUUUCUUCGCAAGGGUAUCAGCUACCAGUAUGAACAUUUUCGACGACAUACAGGCAAAAUUAACUGUCAUGGCCACUGAUAUUAUGGGAGAGAUAACGACGCAGUUGCUAGGCAAAGCGAGUGUGCAAGAUUUGGCGGAGCUUCAGAGCCAGGUGUCGACUCUUCCGACCUCCGAGGGCCUGAGUGACUUGCAGAAGGACCUGCUCCCCGUCGCCUCCUCCGCAACAGAAGGCCUCAAGCAGGCGGUAUCCACACUAGCCUCCGAGGUGGACACAAGCAUGGAAAACGUUGCCACUAGUGAUCAGAUCGCGGAAAUCCAGGAAGAAAUUGACAGUGUUACACUUUGCAACCAAAGGAAUGACUUUGACCAAGUGCUGACAUUGCUGUCGACGGCCGAGGAAGACCUUGGCGAUCUGGCAGAGACAUUACAAUCAUCUGUGGCAGAGCAGAAGGCCGCGUGUCAGGGCGAGGCAGAGCGCCAGGAGAGCACGGCCGCCCAGCAGCAGCUGCUGGAGAGCCUGCGGGCCGCGGUGGACGGCAACGCCAACGGCAUCCGCGGCGUCGCCUCCGCCGUGCGGGUCCUGGGGGACGAGGUCGCGGAGCGUCUCGGGGCCCUCGAGGAGAUGGCCGAGAAAAUCAGCAACAACACGCUGCUUCCUCCGCCCACAACCACCACCACGACCACAACCCCGCGACCUUCGACAACAACAGCAGCGGUUCCUGUGUUCCCUUGCCUCGACAGCAGCUCGCCAGCGCGGGUCUGGGCGUGGACGUCUGCCAGGCAGCUGUCCGCCUCGGGAAGUGUGAGCAGCUGUCCGUGGCGGUUCACUGCUGCCGCUCCUGCUCCGCCGCCGGGAGGAUUCCUGUCAUGGGCGCGCAUCGCUUUGUCAACGCCAGCAGGACGCUUUCAAGGGUCUCGGCGGCCAAGCUCAUGAGGCCGUGAGAGCGGCGGUGUGGGCGGCGGUGUGGGCG